AUAUUCAAGAUGGCUGCCAUCAUAAUACUGUAAAUAAACUAAAUCUGGCAUAAAAAUUUGAUAAGAAUGUGUUAUCAAACAAAAUUUUAGUAAUAUUUAAAACAAUAUAAAGCACAUAAAAACAAUUUCUUAAAACUACAUUUGUUCUGAGUUAUAUGAAAAAGUUAUGGCUGAAAGUAAUUCAUCCAAGGCAAGUGAUAAUAAUGGAAAUGGUUGGUCAUGGAAUUCGUGGCUUAGUGCAGCCAAAAAUAAGAGUACAGAAGUAUUUGAAUUUGUGAAGAAAGAUCUGGAAGAAAUUGGAUCUGCAGUCAAAAAUGAAGCUACGUGUAUGGUGUCGAAUACAACACAUGCGUUGGAACGCACUCUUAAAUUAAAUGAUUCAGAAUCAACAGCAAGCUCAAUGAAGAGAACUUUCAGCUCAUUUUUAGGCCAAAUGAAUACAGUAUUAAAUCCUACACCAGAUGAUUCCGAUACAGAGGCUGUUAUUAUUACAGGCGAUAAUGAAACACAGCCAUUAACAAAAUUACAACAAGCUUUAUAUGAACUUCAAAAUAAUCCAGGAACAUAUUUAAAAGAUCCCGAACAGAAUUUAGCUGCACAAUAUGAAUGUUGGUUAGAAAUAAUCAAUGAUCAACUAACCGAAGACCGUUUAGCCAAACAUUUAUUAAGUAGUGAAGUUUUAAACCAACAAUAUUUAGCACUAUGCCCCGAUCAAGUAUCACACGAUACAUUCUGGAAACGAUAUUUAUUUAAAAAAGCAUUACUAGAAGACAAUAUGGCACAUCAGGAAGCAUUAGAGAAACGACAAAAACGUGAACAAGAAAUGCUUUCCGAAGAUAAUUUAAAAUGGGAAUCAGAAGAUUUUGCAAAUAAUAUUGAUUUAACCGAAGAGGAACAAAUCAAAUUAUUAGAACAAUAUGAGAAUGAGUUCAAAACAAAAUAUUCCAAAAAGAAUCAAAAUAAUGAUGACAAUAACAAAAUAAAUAAUGAAAAAAAUUUAAAAAAUGAUGAACAAAAUUCUUUAGAAUCAUCACCAAUAAAAACACCAAGUGAUGUUAGUUUAAAUUCAGCUGAAACAAAGUCUAGUUCAAGUAGUUUAGAUGGCGAAUGGGAAUGUGUUACACCUGACAAGAUCUAAAUACGCUUAAAUGCUUUAUUAAAAUUUAGCAAUUUCAAUCUUACAUAAAUCUAUUAUAUUGUUGAUUCUUAAUAAUAAAUGAUUCCCUGUUUCAUAAUUAUUAUUACUGUCGUUUCGUAAGUUAUAGACAAAUUAUCGACGAUUAAAAAAAUGGUAAAAUUUUGAAAAAUUUAAUAAUUAUAUUUUUUCUUAAAUGUAUUUCUUUUAUUUACACAA